ACUUGCUUCUGCACGUGGUAAGUGUACUGUAGUGACUGUAUAGUGCGAACGUUGAAAAUCGUCAUCGUUAGACACAACUAUUUAGAGUUUUGUAAUGACUGAUACAACUGAGGUAGUCAUAACAAGUGAUGGUUCAGGUCAGUUGUGGAACGCUUGUGUAUGGGAUCCCAACAACGGAACUUCGUUAAUGUAUUAUAAAGGUGGCGGUGUCUCAGCGCCCCAUACGCUUUGUCUUUUGGGAAAUGAUUAUUUGUUAUCGGCUGACAACGCAAGACCACUCAUACAUGCGUGGCCACUUAAUAGCCAAGAAACAAUAAAUUUGGGCACUGGAAGGAUGUUGUGUUCAGGCUGUGUAAACGCAUUGGCUGUCUCUCCCAAUGCUCAGUACUGUGCUGCAGGAAUAGCUGAGAGACUCCAUAUCUGGCAGAUAGCAUCAGGACGGCUUAUGGCAGUGGCAAAUCGUCACUUCCAGGAUAUCACAUGUUUAAAGUUUACUGAUGACGGUACACACAUUGUUACUGGCGGAGAAGACUGCAGAGUAAUUGUGUGGCCUCUCGCUUACUUGAUUUCCCAGUUCGCCAAUGAAAUGUACUCGGUGCCAGGAGAAGCAGAACCACGAUACACCUUCUUUGAUCAUAGCCUGCCGGUCAAAGACGUUUUCAUUGGUCCAGGAGGCAUGAGAGCUCUGCUAGUGUCUGUGUCUUUUGAUCGAACAUGUAAAAUAUAUGACCUGGCAUCAGGUAAAUUGUUGUUGUCUUUAUUAUUUGAUGCACCACUAACAGCUGUAACUGUUGAUGGUACGGACUCUGUUGUUUUUGUUGGAACUAAUAGUGGAAAGAUUCAGGAAUUCAAUAUCAGCCAUCCUCCUCGAGAUGUGCACCAUGUAGUUAACGAAACACCAAAAAAGUUUGUUGGACAUGAUAAAAUGAUUACCUGUCUGUCAUCGUCAAUUGGUGGUCGGACACUGCUCUCAAGUUCAACAGACAUGAAAGUCAUCGUGUGGGACAUUCCAAGUGGACAAUGCAAAAGGGUGUUGCAACAUAAGGGGCCUGUGUACAAUGCUUUUUUUACCAUUUGCCCAAAACAAAUGUUUAUAGAAGACUGGAAACCUACUGUUGUAUUGAAUGGGUUUCAAAAAUCCGUUGACAGUGAAAACAAAUGCAUUGAAAUUAUGAAUAAGGUGGAUUUAUGUGAAUCGCCCACAUUGUUCGACGCAGUACCUAUGGUUGCAGUAGCAGAAGCAGGUAGCAUAAAAGGUGAAGUAAUAGCUCUAAAAAAAAUUAAUAAAGACCUAUAUACGUUUGCUAUCAACAAACUGUUGGAUACUGCAUCACUUGAAAGUAGCACAGGAAAUAAUGGUGACUCUAUUAAUAGAGGUAUUAAAAAGAAAAGUAUGAAGAGAAGACGGCAAGAUGAAAAAUAACAACAUUCUCUUAUUGAAACUUAAGUGCUUUAUGUGCCUAUUUCAUUGUUAUUGUUUCAUGAAGUGGUGUAAUUUUAAGACUGAAUAUUAGCCCUAAGGUGUAAAAAUGUCUUAAACUUCCAUAAAUACCAGACUGUUACCUUUAUGCCCAGUAGUGCUUCGCUCAUUGACUGUAACAACCAGCUCAUUUGUGAUCUGUUGUUUCUCUUUUUACAUACAUAGAUAAAUAUAUAUAUGAAAGUGCAAGAAUCAAAACUAAAAGUGAAAUAUAUAUAUGUAUGUAUAUCCUUGAUUUUUGUAUUUGUCUUUCAGUAAAUGUCACAAAAAGAUU